UCUUCCUCAGCUUCUCCAUUGCGUUCAGUCACUUACACUUCUUUAGAAUAAAAACGAAAACAAAUGUGGCGUAUUUAAUGUGUCACCCACACCUGCCAUCCUUUAACGCGUUGAGACGUUUUCAACUCUUGUUGCUCUCGCCAUGAACGACGAUGAUGAUGUGAUGCCAAGUUUUCAUUCCGCUUCACUCCGCGAUAAUGUGGCGUCUGUUCCUGAUGGACUUUGCUGGGUGUCGGUUCUCUCUUGUCUGCUGCUUGCGUGCUCCUAUGUCGGAAGUUUAUACGUCUGGAAAAGCGAUUUACCAAGGGAUCAUCCUGCAGUGAUAAAGAGGCGCUUCACAAGCGUGCUGAUUGUGUCUGCUCUGUCUCCACUAUUUGUGUGGGCAUGGAAGGAGUUCACAGGCAUACAGCCUGGUCCCUCAUUACUGGCACUUAUGGGGAUCCGGUUUGAGGGACUAUUGCCUGCUGUCAUUCUACCCUUGCUGCUGACCAUGGUGCUGUUUCUGGGUCCCCUGAUCCAGCUAGCUAUGGAUUGCCCCUGGGGUUUCAUUGAUGGGAUAAAAGUGGUUGUUGACCCAUGCUUCUGGACGCUCUGUCUGAGUGACAUGCGCUGGCUGAGGAACCAGGUAGUUGCACCGUUAACAGAAGAGCUGGUUUUCCGAGCAUGCAUGCUUCCCAUGCUAGUGCCCUGCGCUGGCCCUUCUACUGCCAUCUUCACGUGCCCACUUUUCUUUGGUGUUGCUCAUUUUCACCAUGUAAUUGAGCUGCUGCGGUUCAGACAGGGCACUGUCUCAGGGAUUUUCCUCUCUGCAGUGUUCCAGUUCUCCUACACAGCAGUAUUUGGGGCCUAUACAGCCUUUAUAUUCAUCAGGACAGGUCAUCUGGUUGGUCCUGUGCUGUGCCAUUCCUUCUGUAACUACAUGGGUUUCCCGGCUCUCAGCACGGCCUUAGAACCGCAACGCCUCUCCAUUCUCUCCUUCUACAUUUUGGGGGUAAUUCUCUUCCUCCUCCUCCUCUUCGUCAUGACUGACCCACUCUUCUAUGGUUUGCCUACACCCGUCUGCACCCUGACCUCAACAUCUGGCUCCAUCUGCUCCUGAUCCUUCUCUCCAACCACGCUUGCAUCCUGUAUUCAUCCAUUCCUUCUCUCGAAAGCCUGCAGCCAUUUGGAAAGGAGUGGCUUUUUUUUUUCUUCUCCAGGCUCUGCAACUGGUUUGACCAGCAGAACAGGUAUGAAAAUUCUCCGCCUCUGUGAGGUUGGUGAAAGGACUCAUUGGAUGCAAAACAUCCUCAGGUUGCUUCACCGUUCUGCAUGUUGAAAGCAGCAGAUAUUUAGUGUUAUCAAGUGACAUCAACUAUGAACCAGGCCUACAUUUGAUGAAGACCAGGUUGAUUAUACAUGUCUGCAUGUUUAUAUGACAAUAUUUUGGUGUAUUGAUCUUGAAAUUGGUGCUGGGGGAUAAAAAUCAGACAAUGAUUACGGGUUUACAGGGAAGAUUUGUACGCUGAAAUGUGCAUUUCUGAAAAUGCAUGACUCCCUAUUUGUUCUCACUCACAUAAACCUCACCUGUUUGGUCUGGUGCCCUUGAAGAAGACGUUCAUGUUUACCUUCAAAGUCAUGAAAGCGUUCAAAGUUCUAACCUUGAACUUUUUAUCUGAUCAUCACUUUACUCAGUUCUGUAGCCUUAAAUAUAGAUACUGUAUGUGUCCAGUCUUUAGGUAUGCUACUGGAGGAAUAGAGUUAUUAGAAAAACAAAAGUCUGUGAGUGUGAGUCUGAAGUCAAAGAAUUGCCCUUGGCACACAGCUUUUUGUGUAAGUUUAGAUUCAAUUAAUUGGCCUUGUGCAAUGGUUUAUAGUGGUUUAUUGCAAAUUAUGAGACAUUUAAAAAAAAAAAAAAAAAAGCAUUGGUCACUCCUGUUUUGGCUAGUUGUUAUUUAAAAAUCUAUUUAUACCAAUUACUGUUGAUGUAGCAGCAGUUUUUACAGUUUCAGGAUAUUCAGUGCUGGAUUUUGACCUGUGGUGUUUCAUUCAUAUUUAAUGCAGUGCUAAAGACUAAAGACAUUUUACAUGAACAUAAGAAUUUCUUGUCCUGUUAAUUUGGUGGAAGUGGAGGAUGUUAAAGGAAUAGUUCACCCAAAAAUGAAACUUCAUUAUUUACUCACCCUCAUACCAUCCCAUAUGUGUUUGACUUGCUUUUUUCUACUGAACACAAAAUAAUACUUUAGAAGAAUAUCUCAGCUCUGUAGGUCCAUACAAUGAUGAAGUGAAUUGGAUCACUUCAGAAGACAUGGAUUAAACCACUGGAGUCGUCUGGAUUACUUUUACGCUGCCUUUAUGUGCUUUUUGAGGCUUCAAAGAUUUGGUCACCAUUCACUUGCAUUGUAUGUACCAACAGAGCUGAGAUAUUCUUCUAAAAUAAUCGUUUGUGUUUUGCAGAAAUAAGUGAGUCAUACACAUCAGGGAUGGCAUGAUGGUGAGUAAAUGAUAAAAUAUAUAUAUAAAAAAACACCUUUAAGGUAGAUUUGACACUUUUUGUUUUAAAAUUGUAAAAAUUCCAAUACAUUUUCAAAGGCGCCACCGAAGGCAACAUGUUGCCAUUUCAUUAUGACACUUCUAUUCUUUCUAAACACGUUUAGUUGUGUGACAAAUGCCAACAUUGCGUCAAGAUUGUAUUGUCUAACUUGUAAUACCUGUAUCAGAGAAUUACAUCUCACAUUCUUUGAACAACAUGUGGUAUAGUUCUGUUCAGUCUACAGUGCAUCUGGAAAGUAUUCACAGCGUUUCUAUUUUUCCACAUUAUGUUAUGUUACAGCCUUAU